AGCACCCUUAGCAUGUGAUAGCCAUGUCGUUCAAUGAUUUCGGAACCGCCAUAGCCUGGGGCGAUCCUGAGCAUCAACCUGGCGACAUAGUAAAGGAUGCGAUACGGAAGGAGAGGAUUUUGAAAGAGAUUGCAGCUGCACAGGGCGAUUUGCAAGCACUUGUUGCACGAGUGCACAGCGUCCAGUCAGACGUCGACAAACUUACGUCCGAGAAUUCGACUUUGCAGAUGUACAUCGACAACUUAACCAUGCAGAUGGCAAAGAGGAAGUAAUUCUUUCCAAUAAUGUUUGCUAUCUAUGUAUAUACUACCAUCAUGCGGGUUCACGAUUGGUUUCCUCUUGCACGUCUAUAUUGCAGAAUACGGUACCCUCGAGUUUCUUGGCCUGAAUUAGAACUUCUUUUUUUGCUGUCUA